AGCAUUUUGUCACUUAGCUUCUGAGCAACAUCAGUGACUCUGCUGGGACAGGAAAGGUCUGUGCUGGCCCAAAUGGCAGGCAUCUCAUAUGUGGCAUCUUUCUUUCUGUUUCUGACUAAGCUCAGCACUGGCCAGAGACAAGUAACAGUUCAGAAAGGACCGCUGUUCAGAGCUGAGGGUUACCCUGUCAGCAUUGGCUGCAAUGUAACUGGCCACCAGGGACCCUCUGAGCAGCAUUUCCAGUGGUCUGUUUACCUGCCGGCAGCCCCGACCCAGGAAGUCCAGAUCAUUAGCACCAAGGAUGACGCCUUCUCCUACGCAUCAUAUGCACAGCGGGUGCGAAACAGGGAAAUCUACGUGGAGAGGAUCCAGGGCAACUCGGUCCUGUUGCACAUCUCAAAGCUCCAAAUGAAGGAUGCUGGCCUGUAUGAGUGCCACACGCCGAACACUGAUGAGAAAUACUACGGGAGCUACAGUGCAAAGACCAAUCUAAUCGUUAUUCCAGAUACCCUCUCUGCCAUCAUGAGUUCGCAGACUCUCAGUAAGGAGGAAGGUGAUCCUUUAGAGCUCGCCUGCCAGGCGUCCAAAGCCACAGCCCAACAUACUCACCUCUCCAUCACCUGGUACCUGAUGCAAGAUGGAGGAAGAAGCCAAGCCACCGAGAUUAUUUCUCUCUCCAAAGAUUUUAUGCUGAUCCCUGGGCCCUUGUAUGCAGAGAGGUUUACAGCUGGUGAUGUGCGACUCAGCAAGCUUGGGGCCAUGACCUUCAGGCUGUCCAUAGGGAGACUCCAGCCCUUGGAUGAAGGCCAGCUGUUCUGUGAGGCAACAGAAUGGAUUCAGGAUCCAGAUGAAACCUGGAUGCUCAUCACGAAAAAGCAGACAGAUCAAACCACUCUGAGGGUUCAGCCAGCAGUGAGAGAUUUCCAAGUCAACAUCACAGCUGACAGCUCGUUUGCUGAAGGGAAACCCUUAGAACUGUUCUGCCUGGUUGUGGGAAGUGGCCGGAACCCACAGCUUCAGGGUGUUUGGUUUUUCAAUGGGAGUGAAAUUGCCCACAUUGAUGCUGGUGGAGUCCUGGACCUGAAGGACAACUACAAAGACAGAGCCAGUCAAGGACAGAUCCAGGUUUCAAAGUUAGGCCCCAAGGCUUUCUCUCUUAAGAUCUUCUCUGUGGGCCCAGAGGAUGAAGGUGCCUACAGAUGUGCAGUGGCAGAGGUGGCAAGAACUCAGACAGGCUCCUGGCAGGUGCUGCAGAGAAAGCAGUCUCCGGACAGUCACGUGCAGCUGAGGAAGCCGGCAGCAAGAAGUGUGGUUAUGUCUACCAGGAACAAGCAGCAAGCUGUGUGGGAAGGAGAGGCGCUCACUCUUCUCUGCGAGGUAGGUGGAGCUGAAAGUCCUCUGUCUGUGAGCUGGUGGCACUUCCCACAGGACCGGACACAGCCAGAGUUCGUGGCUGGCAUGGGGCAGGAUGGCAUUGCGCAGCUGGGUGCCUCCUAUAGUGGACCCAGUAACCAUGGCAACGCAAGGCUGGAGAAAGUGGACUGGGCCACCUUCCAACUGGAGAUCACCUCCACCACCCUCGCAGACAGUGGCACGUACAAGUGCCGAGUGUCUGAGAGGACCCGGGACCAGGCCAGGGACCUGAGCUGGACUCAGAAGCUUUCGGUUACUGUAAAAUCCCUGGAGUCCAGUUUACAAGUUAGUCUGAUGAGCCGUCAACCGAAAGUGAUGUUAGCCCACACCUUUGACCUGUCCUGCGUGGUAGGGGCCGGCUACUCUGACCUCAAGCUGCCCCUCGCUGUGACGUGGCAGUUCCAGCCAGAUGGGGCCCAAGUCUUUCAUCAGCUUAUUUGCAUCACCCAGAAUGGCUCUAUCGAAUGGGGGAAUUCCCUACCCCAGUUCCAAAGGAAGACGAAGGUUUCACAGUCUUCAUUUCGUUCUCAACUCCUAAUCCACGAUGCCACCCAAGAAGAGACAGGAGUGUAUCAGUGUAAAGUGGAAGUUUAUGGCAGAAAUUCCCUAAGUACCAGUGUCCCUGCCAGGGCCUCUGCCAUCUCUCACCCAUUGAGGAUAGUCAUCACUUUACCAGAGAGCAAGCUAGAAGUGAAUUCAAGCAGUCAAGUUCGAGAAGCAUCCAUCAGCUCCAACAUUGACAUAGAAUGUAGCAUCUUGUCCCGGUCCAUUGGAAACUUUCGAUUAGCCAUUAUUUGGUAUUUUUCCCCCAUUUCCACAAGUGUAUCCUGGCUGAAGAUCCUGGAAAUGGACCAAACCAAUGUUGUAAAAUAUGGGGAUGAAUUUCACACUUCAUGGAGAAAACAAAAAUUUCACACUGAGAAAGUUUCCCAAGACUUGUUUCAGCUGCACAUUCUGAACGUGGAAGAUGGCGACCAGGGCAGAUAUCGCUGUGCCGUGGAGGAGUGGCUCCUGUCCACAAAUGGCACUUGGCUCAAGCUUGGAGGAAAGACUUCAGGACUAACAGAACUGAAACUCACCCCCACAGGAAGUAAGGUAUGUGUCUCAAAAGUGUACUGGACAAGAAAUGUCCCCGAGCACAGAGAGGUCAGCAUCCCCUGCAGCCUGGAGGGUCCAGGCAGCCUCGCCUCCCUGUACUCCGUGACGUGGUACUGGAACGGAGGAGAGUCCGGAAGAGAGCUGCUGGUGCACCUGCACCAUGAUGGCCUGCUGGAGUAUGGCGCGGGGGGGCGCAGGAGGCACCUGCACUGUCACCGGGCAUCCGCUACAGACUUUGUCCUGCAGCUGCACCAGGUGAGGAUGGAGGAUGCUGGACUGUACUGGUGCAGGGUAGCAGAGUGGCAGCUCCACGGACACCCAAGCAAGUGGGUCAACCAAGCAUCAGAUGAGUCACAGCAGAUGGCACUCACCGUGCUGCCCUCAGAGCCCUCGCUUCCCUCCCGGAUCUGCUCCUCGGCCCCUGCUGCGAUCUACUUCCUACUCAUCUGCCCCCUUGUGCUGCUCGCUCUUCUGCUCCUUUCCCUCCUCGGCUUGUGCUGGCAGGCCAGGAAGCUGUCAGCGCUGCGAUUACAGCUAUCUACGGAUAGGCCCACCUGGGUGAAAUUGAAUGCCGCUGAAGGUGGGACCACACACCGGAAGGAAGAGGAGGAGGAGGGCUGAGUCCAGAGGGGCCCCUGCAGCCCGCGGGCAGCUUGGGAGAUGGGACACGUUUGAACGGACUGACCAGGUGGGAGGGAACCUGCUUCUGCUCUCGUGUCUGCCGCGGCCAUGCAAGCUACCCGGGAAUCAGAGGGAGCAUUGAUGAGCAGCCACGUGCUGCUCCUUUCGGCAGCACCUCACCCGCCCACCCUUUGCAUCGCCCCUGGAGCCAGCAUCGUGACUCGUUUUCCCUUUCCCACAGCUCCUGGAGAGAAGAAUCUCCCUCACACAGCCUCUGGGGGCUUAAAUGAGCUCCCACAGCAAAACCUUCCUCCCCUCCUCUGUACUGGCCCACCGGCUCUAGAUAAUCUUUCUCCUCUGGGUAAGAGGUGUAGGAAAAGGCCUGAUGCCAGCAAGGCAAAAGGAAUUGGAAGCAUGCUCUAUGUACCUAAAAUCUGCCUCCCCGACAGAAUGUAACUCCCUUCAAGGUGGAAACUCGAUUCUUCCCCACGUCCCAGAGCCAGGCUCUGCAUAACAGGUGCUUAAUUAAUAUCAGUUCUUUGACAAAAUUAUAAAACAUUUUGUAGCCUGAGUGCCGGGUGGGUUUUUUUGUUUGUUUGUGUUUUGUUUGGUAAGACUUAUUAAGUAACUGCUGAGGAAAAACUAUUAAAAUGUCACUUAACAGCUCUUUACUCCCCUCCCCAUCUGGCAACUCUUUUCAUCCCCUGCCUCUCCCCACCAAAAGGCCCAUCUGGUGCCCAGUCCUUCAGAGGCUUUCUUUUCUUUGACCUGACAGUACUGGGCAGUGGGAAAGGGUGCGGGGCUGUCUGGAGGAGGAAGAGAAGUGAACAGUGCCACUGUCCCCUCCAAUUCCAGGCCUGGUUCCUCAGGGUCCCCUGUUCUUAGCCUGGACAAAGAGGGGAUGGGGAUGUGGAAUGGCGUAAGACUUUCAGCAACUGUCCCCACUGGGCCUCUGGGCCUCCCAUCUUUUCUUUCAAAAGCUUCUCAGGCCCUAUUGUAGCAAGAAUUGGAAAUCAGUUAGUGCCACCUAACAGAUGUAUUUAUCAUCUCUGUGACCAACAGAGUUGCUUUAACACUCAUUAAUUUGCAUUUCCAAGGAGAGCAAUUUAUUUUUAAUUAUU